CUAACGCUCCUUAUAUGGACUUCCUGUGAACCGCCGCGCCGUUUUCCUCUGGUAUUUGUAUGCUAAUGAGGCUCCUCCAUUCAUGCGCGUGCGGUCCGUAGUAAGACAUGCGCAGUGCGGAGGAAUAAAACGGACGGAAUUUCAAAGUUUCCGACGGAUCAACCAGAAAUGUUUGGAUUUCACAAAUCCAAGAUUUAUCGCAGCCACGAAGGCUGCUGCAUUUGCAAGACCAAGUCGUCCAGUUCCCGGUUCACAGACAGCAGCAGAUAUGAGGAAACCUUCCGGCUCUGCUUCGGUUUAUCUGAAGACCGAGUUGGCGACAUCUGCAAUGCCUGCGUAUUGCUCGUAAAGCGAUGGAAAAAAUUACCACACGGAUCGAAGAAGAACUGGAAUCAUGUGGUGGACGCAAGGGCAGGACCUGGCUUCAAGCUGACAAAGCCCAAAAAAGUAAAGAAUAUCGAUGGGAAGAAGAAAAGCAAGCUGAAGAAGCUACACAAGUUUAAACGGCAAAACUCUGAUGCCCAUAGCACUACAUCCAGCAUGUCUCCCUCUCAGUCUCCCAGCCACAGUAACCAAUCUGAUGACUGUUCAGACGUCGAGACCAAACAAAGGCGCCCAACUCCAGCAGGCUUCUCAUUUCUUGACCUGUCUUACUGGAAAAGACAGAAAGUGUGCUGUGGCAUUGUUUAUAAAGGCCGCUUCGGUGAAGUCAUCAUCGACCCUCGCCUCUUUAAGCCCUGCUGCGGUCCAAAGCAGCACCCGGCGGUAGCAGAUUUACCCACAACCGACUCCCCGUGUACCGCCGACACACUGCCAUCCCCCAUCGCAGAGGACUUGAAGGAGACCUGGUGACCUCGUUGCACUUCUCCCCAAGGCUCUGUUGCGUUGUCUCCAGUGGCAGACUCUACCAAUCCCACUUACUAUAUAAAUGCUGAUUCCUGCCUUUUUGUUCACGUGUUAGAGGGAUUUCCUUUUUUUUUUUUUUUUUUAAGGGGAAGUCAAUUAAAAUAAGUAUGGGCAUUAGUAAAUAUUAUAGAAUCAGGAUUGAAUUGACGGUUUAAGACGUGUAAUCCAUUUUGUCUUUUUUUUUUAUUAUAUUUUUUAUAUAUAUAUAUUUUUGGCACUGUAAAAUAUUUUGCAUUUUUGUAGUGCUUGUAAAUAUUUUUUCUUCUCACAAUUCCAGUGCACCAAACGCUUCCUACCUGGCUCCUAGUUUCCUGUUUUGUAAAUUGAGUUGUUUAUAAAUGUUCAUGAAAUAUGGUGUAUUGAUGUGUCCCUGAUG